AUGAUGGCGUCUUCAGCUCUCGGCCAUCCUUUUCUGCGCACUAUCCUCCUCCUUUACGUCGCCAUCACUACGCUGUUUACCUCUUCUAUCCACGCUCUUCCCAGCACCUCCCUUUCUAUCGCCUCCCGUUCCCACCUUCGACCCAUCACCGUCCGACACUACACCCUCAACGUCACCACCUCCACCCUCUUCUCCGCAUGCGAUCCCUUCGGCCCUACCACCGUCAUCAACUCCACCCUUCCCGGUCCCACCAUCCGCGCCCGUGCUGGCGAGAUCCUCCGCGUCCGCGUCUACAAUAACCUCGACUCCUCCACCAAUCUCACGCUCCACUUCCACGGGCUCUCCAUGAAGAUGCAUCCGGUCAUGGACGGCACCAUGCUCCUCUCCCAGUGGCCGAUCGUGCCCGGUCAAUUUUUCGACUACACGAUCCCACUGACGGCGGAAGAUAAGGGCACGUAUUUCCACCACUCGCACGUGGGGGUGCAGGCUAUGACUGCGUACGGAGCGUUGGUGGUGGAGGAUCCGGAGGAGGAGGAAUUUGUUGAUCCGAGCUGGUAUACUGUCGAGAUGGAGAAGGGCAAGAGUGUGAGUUUUAGACAUGUAUGGGGUGAAGAAGGGUUAAACGAGAAGGGUAAGAGUGGGAGACACAGUCCGUACAGGUACGAUGAGGAUAGAGUGCUGGCGGUAGGUGACUGGUUUAGUUAUGGCUCGAUCGAUCUGAUCACGCGGCAGUUGAAGGGGGAUCCGUUCGUUUGGCCAGGAUCGGCGACCAAGUUGAUGUUGAACGGCAAGUCCUCCCCCAGCAACAUUUCGGCAAGUAUGCAGCCGAGCUGCAACCAGACCAAGGCGGAUCUUACGGGUGUGUCUUGCAGCUCCGCUCCGAAGGAUUGCGGCAAGGUAGAGUACCCGACGAUCCAUGUGGACUUCAAACAGACCUACAGGUUGCGCUUCAUCGGAGCUACCGCUCUCAUGUACACCUCGUUGGGGAUUUUGAAGCCAACCAAAAAGGCGUAUUCGUCGGUCAACCCUACGGGUGCGUAUGCGGCGCAAAAGGUGCGAUGGGACAAGAUGAAGGUGAUCGAAGCCGAUGGAUCGUACCUGGAUGCUCUGGAGGUGGAUCACAUCGAAUUCACCGCGGGUCAACGUUAUUCUGUGUUGUGGAAGAGUCGAUCUCGAUCCCAGGUGGAAAAGGAUGGGAUGGGUGGAGUGUAUUGGAUGCGAGUCGAGUCGCGUUGGAGAGCAGGUCCCAGCAUGUGGGUCAAGAUUGUCUACCCCAACUCUGCCACCACUGCGGCGGCAACCACACCGCCGGUGAAACUCUUUGCCGGGCAAAAAGAUCUUCAGCUCCUACCACCGGAAUCCUUCGGUUGGAAAGCAUCUUCGCUCGCACCGCUUUCCCUGCCAUACGGUCCGAAUUGGUGGUAUGCAGACCGAAUGCCCUCCGACUCCGAGGUGACCCGAACGGUGGUGAUCGACACGCAACAGGUCAAAUUCUACCCAUCCUCCAAGGGAGUCAAGUGGGACAUGAAUGGUGUGCCAUUCAACGAAUCCUCUCCAGGAACGUCGGCUCCCUAUCUCGUCCGGACAUUCCUCGGCGAUACCCCAUUUCCUUCCUCCUCGCAACUCCACAGUGCCAUGCUGAACCCUACCAACUACUCGUACGCCAAUUCCGACGGUACCACCACCGGGGACGAACGCAUCGUCAACCUUUCCAACCCCACCGAACUCUCCUCCGCUUCCUCCAGACACUGGAACCAAUCCUACUCCUCCUCUCUCAACAUGUUCUUCGCCCAACACAACGAGAUCAUCGAUAUCGUGCUCAUCAACAAACCUUCUCUACUCUCUUCUUCCGUGGAGAUACAUCCUUGGCACAUGCAUUCGCACAAGCACUACACGCGAACCAUCCAACCCGGAACUUUCUCCUUCUCCCGUCUCUCCACGCUCUACUCGUCCCCCCACCCGACGGGGUUCGCAAACCCCAUCUCGCGAGACACGACUGUCGCAUACGCCUCCCCCGGUGCAGCUUUCGCCAACCAAACCAUCCCCACCCCAGCAACAGAAGACGGCGGUUGGACAGUCCUACGCUACAAGGUAGACGCCAACAACGCCGGUGUAUUUCUCUUGCACUGCCACUUGCAUUUUCAUCUAGAGAUGGGUAUGGCUACCGUCUGGGCUAUCGCUCCCGAACUCCUGGCGCAGAAGAAUGGCAUCUACUGGCCAAAGAAAGAUCGGUUGAGGGGGGAGGACGUGCAGGGGUUGGAUGGAGAUUAUCUGCAGUUUGGCAAGAGUGUACAGGCUGUCAUGUAG